AAAAGAUAAAAAUAUAAUAUUUCACUAAGAAAGCAAUGAAAUAUAUUUUUUAUAAAUGAUUAAUAUAGUUGUUAAUGAGUAAACCGCUAAUAGUCGUUUUAUAAAGAGUUUAGGGCGUCAGGGUGAGGUAGUGGCCGCCAUCAACAAGUAUUGAAGAGUCAUCAGGAAAAUGUCUACUCAAGCUGCAGCUGAACAGAGUAAAGUUAAACAUUCCAAAUUCAAGCAGAAGUUCAAGCAGCAGCGACUACCAGCAUGGCAGCCCAUCCUGACAGCCGACACAGUGUUGCCCGCCUUCUUCCUCAUCGGUCUCCUCUUUGUUCCCCUCGGUGCUGCCCUCCUCUUCUUCUCCAGGAGUGUGCAAGAAUUACAGCUGGAUUAUACAGAUUGCUUGAGUACAACACACAUGGAGAAAGGUGAACCAAGGGCAUGCAGAGAUGUCAUUAAAGACAACAUCUCGGAGACAUGCACCUGCCAGAAAAACUUCACCGUUUAUGAAUCUUUUGAGAAGAAUGUUUACCUUUACUAUGGAUUAGACAACUUCUACCAGAACCAUCGCCGGUACGUCAAGUCUCGCGACGACAAGCAACUGCUGGGCAAAGACGACACGGCCGUCUCCAAUGAUUGUAGUCCUUUUGGCACUGAUGGUGAGGGUAUGGUGUACGCUCCUUGUGGGGCCAUCGCCAACUCCAUGUUUAACGAUACGUUGAAACUUUUUGAAAUAAAGCUGGGUGGCCAGGCAGAGGAGCUGAACCUGAUUAAAACAGGCAUCGCGUGGCCAUCAGACCGCAAGAUCAAGUUCAACAACCCCCCCGGAAGUCUCAAUUCAACUGGAGCUUUCAAGAAUAACGUUAAACCACCGUACUGGACGAAGAACGUGUAUGAACUAGACAAACAGGAUCCCAGCAACAACGGCUACAAGAACGAGGACCUGAUCGUGUGGAUGAGGAGCGCCGCCUUCCCCACGUUCCGUAAAUUGUACCGAAAGAUUGACCACAACAUGACCGGAUUUAAGUUUAGCUUCCCCAAGGGCCAGUAUUACCUGGAGGUGGAAUACAACUACCCAGUGGACUCGUUCGGGGGGAAGAAGCGAAUGAUCCUGUCAACCACCAGCUUCUUGGGAGGGAAGAACAACUUCUUAGGAAUUGCUUACAUCACUGUUGGGUGUAUUUGUCUACUGCUGGGCAUUAUAUUCCUUAUUAUCCACAUCAAGUUUGGCAAGAGAUCUGUGGAUCAGUUGAACAUCAACCAGAACACACCAUAUAGUGACUAGCCCAGCGUCCUCCAUACUACACUCUAGUUGCUAAUACAAAGACAAAUUACACUUUAAUUAAUUGCUAGAAAAUUUGUUGUCCGUGGUGAUGACAUUCUAAUCUUUUAUUAAUGUAUAAUAGAUUUCCUCUGGGCUGUUGAGAAGGAAAUUAUUUAUUUACAAAUUGUGAACACAUUUUUUGUUAUUAUUAUUAUUAUUAUUAUUAUUAUUAUUAUUAUUAUUAUUAUUAUUAUUAUUAUUAUUAUUAUUAUUAUUAUUAUUAACUAGUCCAAGUUGGUUUAGUACCAUAAGCUGUUGAAGCCCAGUUUUGUACAGAAGCAAAUGUUAAUGGUUUAUUAUGGUGAUAAAGUUCCAGUAUUACCCAAAUUUCACCACAUUGUAGUAUUGGCUCUAAUUAUUCUUUUUCAACAUCAUGGAUAAAUAAAUUGACAUUGUUUCUUCACAAUUUUGAGCUGCGAGUCCCUCUUGAGUAUUACAAAGCCAGAGAAGUUUAAGUCCUGCUGUGAACCUGAGUAAAUAUUAAAGAAAAUAAUAUGUUGUUCAGCAUGUCAGGUUUACACAGUCAAUCAUAUUGGUGAUGUACUUAAGUUCCUGAGUCAAGACGAUAGAGUUAACAUGACAUACUAAUUGUGUUCCUUUGGCAUCACUACAUAAUAUUUGUUAUCAGUUUAUUUCCUCAUAAUGAACACUAAAAGUUUUGCAUAAUUUCAUUCCACAUAUUUGUCAUCAUUGAAUUUGUCUUGAUAUUACUGGUAACGUCAUCAUAAUCCACAUACUGGUAAUGAGAGUUUGUGUAUUUAGACCGAUUGUUACCUAAUAAGACACUGAAAUUAUUGACCAAACUCUAUUAAUCAAGUGCCACAAGAACAUUGGUAAAACACUCAUCAUUAUUUAUUUUGUUAGAUUGAAAAAAUAGAUAUAUUUUCUUCAUUCAUUGUAGCUUCCAACACACAAAAAACAGGAGAUUAGGUCCUAGAGCAGGGCUGGGGAACCUAUGUGUCCAAGGUGGCACAUGGGAGUGAUUAGUUUUUUUAUACAAUGAGAAGUGUUGGCCUGGUGCUGGCUGGGGGAUCAUGUGACUGGACAAAUGUUUUAAAGUCCCUGCCGGUAAAAUCAGUAUUCAGGUAGUGGCAGAAGUGAACGGUUGGCAUUGGUUUCGUUCUGCUCGUAGUUGUUGUUCUCUUGUUUGUGAGUGAACAUUGAAUUAUUAUUAAUUUUUUGAACAGGCUUCCUAAAAUGCUUGCCUUUAUUUCAAUCUCCCUCUCUUAUAAUAAUGUAUUCGUAAAACAAAAUGAAUACUAAGUUAAUAAAACAGUACUGCUUUCAUGUACUGUACUGUACUAGGCUCCCUCUCAGCCCCACCCUCUACUGUCCCUUUGGUCCUGAGAGAACCUUUUUGAGCAGCAGAACACCCCCCCCCUUUCCCCCAAAGUCCCUAAUUAUUACCAAAAAGUCAUUAAUUUUGCCUCUUCUGAAGUGUGAGUUAUGAAUAGCAUGUAAUUCCUAAACUGCCCCAUGUAAAACAUUCACAAGCAUUAAUGGUUGCCUAAACAGACUUCUUAAGAAUACUUUCAAGCUGCUACUCUCUUCUCUCUCCAUAAUAACUUUGUAAAAUAUCAAUAAAUUAUAUAUUAGUUAUAAUUAUAAUAUAAUAAUAAUAUAUAAAAUAUUAAUGAUAUAAGGUUAAUAAUGAUACCUGUAAUUUGUUGCUCAAAAUUCUCAUGGGCAUGUGAGAUAAUUUUUCAGACAACUAUCGACAGUUUGGGCGCACACUAGAAAGUUCACCAGUCCUGUUCUAGAGGAACAUUAUGUUUUAGGGUGAAUGAUGUAAAUAUUGUGACUUUAAGGAAGAUUCUGGUGAUUUUGUGUACAUGUGACUGUCUUAAAUAUUAAAGGAAUAAUUAUGUACAGGAUAAUCCUUACUAGAUGUGGCUAUCACUUUUCUAGAUACAAAUGGCUGUCCUAAUUAUUCUACUCUACCAACACAAUUCAUGAAUAAGAUAUAGGAAAUUCUGGUCCACCGAGUAGUGAGCGGGAAACUUCUUGUAAGAAUAAGUCAUUUCUUGGACAAUUUUAAGAAAUUAUCUAUGACUUUGGGCAACUUUACAUUUCCUUUCACAUAAACUAUAUACUUUGAUUAUUCAGUCUCUAGUAAAUUGGACAGUGUAUUAUGGUCAUUUUUUGUUGUGUGGUGAAUUGUAUAGAUUCAACAAGAGGCCAGACUUGUGUUAGUUACAUCUUCACCUCACUGUAGUGCCCCUUAAGUCUGGUCAUGUUACUGUAGUGUUAAUGUCACUGUUGUGCUCUCACUAUUUUCUCUCAUCCUAACUGAAAAUGACUGACUUCUGCACCUUGAGGAGUAAUGUGUAGUGUGUGAGAGGAAAGUACUCCUUAAUGGGAUGGGUGUGCCUCAUAUGUUGCUCCUGUAUGGAAAAUGAACCUUAAAUUGUUUGUUAUAAUCUUGGAUGUAACUGUAACUGUUGUGGUUGCAUGCCAGUGUGAUGACUUGUGCUUCACCUGAAUAUUUAUUUGUUGUGCUGUGUAUGUUGAUCACCAUGUAGGAUUAAUUAUAUUUCCUGCAUCAAUCUGUUAACAAUCAAGGUUUUGCUUCAUCUUGUGACUAGGAACACAAGCUAAGGAUGCAUUAUUUAUUGUUUAUAAAGAACAUGAGAGUAUCAGAAGAAAGAAAUAAAAAUCCCUGGAAGUAAUUACAAUAGAGUAAUACUGUACUGUACUGUGACAAGUGACCUUAUUCUUAAUUUUAACUUGUAGAUGGAAAUUUAGUUAAGUACCAAUGUGUUGUUGCAUAUUUGAGCUUUCAGGUAAGGUAGUUGAAGCUGGAUCAUAUAUUAAGUAUUGAAGGUUAUAUCCAUCUGUUCAGUGUUGUGUCUGUGAAGAGAACUUAUCAUGAGCAACAACAGCGAAGGCGGGUUAUAUCCCACCUGGUCGGUAGUAGAUCGGGUCAACCAGUUAGUCAGUCUUAGGAUUGAUAUUCGUAGAGCUGACUGAUGCAGGUAAAAACUAAAACGCCUCAUUUUUUACUUUCAUUAUAGAGGAUUAAAGGUUGUUUCUGCAUUAUAACACAAGGAAGGUUAACAAAGAAAGACAGAAUAAUGAAAAAGAUGUAGGAUGUAAUAAUAUGUGAGGUGAAGUCAGAGAGUGGUGGUGGUGGUGAAGCAUUAGUGCCAUAGUUUCAUUUUCACUCUUAAUGGAUGGUGAAGAGUUUGUACUACAGUAGUCGCAACACAGCUCUUUAUUGUAUCCCCAGGUGUACAGGUAUUACUUCUCUUGAUACUUAUAUUGUCUCAUUUCAUCCAAAGGUUAUCUUGUUAAGGUGAGAGAUGAACAAGGAUGAUGCUUCACUAUUAGUUUGUAUAUUGUGGUUCUUUUGUAACAAGAAAAACACAAUUUGUGAUUAAUUUGUUUGUGCUAAAAUAUCUAUCAAAUAUAAUUAUAUCUUGUUCUUGUUGCUAUGCAUGCAUAUUAUUUAAAGACUGAUACACACUAAAGGUUCUUUUGGUGGACCAUUGAACCAUCAUCAUAAUAGUCUAUUUCCCUGAGCUGUAUGGUGCAGCAGUAUAAUUUAGCAGUUCCUGUAAAAUCACUUGUUUCUGUGUGGAGGUGUUACCCUCACCGUUGUUGGUCUACAGUUAUAUUAUUUGAUGGUAAUUAACAUAAACAGAACUGAACAAUUAUAACAAAUAUGAAACUGCAUGUAGUAUUGACUUAACAAUUCUCCCUUAUGUGUCGACUGUAAGGUCACCUACAGUACAGUACAGUACAUCUAGGAACAGGGUUAAGGUUACAGAGACAAGUUCAGGUCUGUUGAAACGUAGCCUUAUGGCCACUGGGUAUGUGUUUAGUUUACCAGUGGAGCUCUUUGCAUAUAUUUAUACUGUACAUUAUAUAUAAUGUAUACUAUAAUUACAGUUUGCAUUAAGUAUGUAGAACUUUAAUUAUUCACAAUGACGAGAGAUAAAGUGUUUCAUAUGUAUAAUUUCUAUUUGUGAGGGAUUUUAUUUAAUUUUGUCUACAGUACUGUAGAACAUUACUUCACUGUGAUUCUGCAUCUUGUCAGUGUUGAGGAGAAGUUUGUACAGUAUAAUGUGUGGUGGUUGUGCAGUGUGAGGUACUGUACAGAUUUAACAGCAUGUACUUCUGGGUCGGGUUCAUCCACAAAUCAUGAAUUGUAUUUUGAAUGACAGCGAUAAGUUCAGUGUUAUCAUCUUCUUCAGCACCUCUUCAGUAGAUACAGUAUUGUAUUUACAGUAUAGUCUUAUCAAGCAUUAAAAACCUAUAUAAUUUUACAGUGUACAGUAUAUAGGCAUAUUACUUUGAUCCACUUAAUGUAUACUGUAAUUGAUUGCAAGUGAGGAAAGAUUUUUGGUGCAGCCUUAUCCAUUAAUCUGACUUACAACAAGCAUGUCUCUCAGCUCAGACUGUGUCAUACUGUACAAUAUAUCUGAGUGAGUGGAGUGUAGGAGUUGUCCAUCGUACCUACAUCUGUAUACAGAGGACACUGCUCAUUACAGUCAACCCUUCCAUUACCAGACUAAUUCUUGCAAGCCCUGUCCAUUUUUGGGAGGAUUCUGUUAUUGAGAAUAUCCACUAUCGGCAGGGUUUACUUUAUUGGGAAGUCUGUUUUUGAGAGGGUUUACUGUAAUCAAUAUUGCUUCUGUACUCAUUUAUCUUCGUACUCCAGCAGCAGUACGUGAUAUCCAAUCCCUUCUUAUUUCGCCUCGCACCUAACCUGAUCUUGUGAGUGUUGUUCUCUCCUCAUUAAUUCAGAGUAAUAACAUCAUUUUUCCUGCUUCUGAUCUCCAUUGUAUUGUAGUUUAUCAAGUUUUCUCCACACACUUUAAUCAUCAGUUCAUCAUGACAUACACAAUAUUGAUACAGUAACACAUUAUUAUUAUUUUUCUUGGCUAGUAUUGAUGACUGACCCGCCGACACAUUAUUUGUUUUGAUGUUGUUUUCUUAUUGUAUUUUCAUCAGUCAGUUCUGAUAUGAUAAUCAUUUCUUUGGAAAAUGAUUUGUACGGUAGACAAUUAGGCGCCUAGGGGCACACUACUUUGUCUUCUUGGCGGUAAUAUGGUUGUAACGCUGUAUCGCCAAGUGUAAACAGCCAAUAAUUAUAUUGAUGCAUUUCAAAACUCACUGUCGCUCUCUGAUCAAUGGCAGUUGCCAGUGUACGUUUAUGAGCCACAUGUUUUCACGCUUAGGAAGUUAGGUAAGGUUAGAUAGUUUCUUGGGUAGGUCGGUGAGGUCUUCUAACAAUGCUUUUACCGCUUGUUUUUCUCAUCAACUAAGGUUAGGUUCGGUUUAAUUAAAAAAUAACCACUUUUUAACACAUUUGCCCAAACUAUGACAGUGUCCAAUAUGAGUCACAGUGAAAUUGCAGCGUUUUAAAUUCGUUUUCUACGAAUAAUCGGCGGCGGGUCAGUCGUCAAUAAUUACCUUUUUAUUCUUCAUAUUUUACUAUCGUGCAGAAAACAAUUGCAUUCCAUUAAGUUAACUUUUCUUUGCCACUAAAACUGUAUAGCCAUCACUUCCCCUCUGGAUUAGUUUUAAGUUAAGAUAUAAACAAUGGAAGUACAAUACAGUCAAAACAAAAACUCCUAAAUCCUGUUUUUAUUGAGCCCAAAUUUUAUCCACAAAGCAUAAGAAUAUUCUCACAGGUGUAGUGUAUAUAAUGCCUCAUCACAGGUGUUGUAUAGGUGAUGAUGAUGUAUGUUGAUUUAUUAUUAUUGUCUUAGAGUUUAUAUAUAAAGUAUUAUUGAGGUGUAGUGAUACAUCUAGUCCAAUAAAUUGAUUAUUAUCUAUAUAUA